UUAUGGUAAAUAGUAAGCAAUUCGGCCGGCUAAUGCAGUGUGUGUGUUUUAUUUCGCGUGUUAUCGAUCACAAAGGAGUGCAUUUCAAACAAGCUUAUCAAAGUGUUUUACGAAGCGGGUGCUGCAAUAACAAAUUAUGGUCGACGAAUAAAUGUAUAAUUGUUUAAAGUUUUAAGCAUGGCAAAGUUCCUUAAAUCUAUUUUUUAACCCGGUUGAAAGAAGAAGGCGCCGCGACACGAUGGCGGGACGGAAGAUGACAAAGUUGAAGAGCCUCCCAUGGACGGGAGGAGGAAACUGUCCAUAUCCCGCUCUGGACGGAUGAAACAAGCCAAUAGGAAACGGCAUUCACUGUCUUUGGAUCUGUAUGGGGAGAACGGCCAAAAUACAUGUUCAACGGAAAAGCCGAAAGUAAUCCAAGACAAUGGCCCAACUAGUGCGCCAGCUGACAUUGAAGGCGACAGACAAAACCGGAGACGAAGCGCCGAUGAUUACAAUGAACCAAAAGUUAUUCACAGCAAGACUGUAGAUGUAGUCGCUAACUCCGGAAGCCAAAGUAAACACAGAAGGCUUAGCGUCGAGCCCAAGUCGCCUGAAGAAGAAAUCGACAGUGCUUUUGAGAUAAUAGAUAAAUCGUAGCUUGGCAAGAUCAUAAUCUUAGGAAUUGUAUUCUUAGCUGAGGUAUCGAAAAGUUUAGGUUAUAAUGCGGAUUUGCAACUAUACUUACAUUUCAACAAAUGGUAGGUACUUAUCACUAGUAUAGUAGUAUUUCGCGAAAUUUCGUGCAGUUACGAACAAAUCGUGAUUCUCGUAACUUGGACGUAAUUUGAUUUAUUUUCGGUUUCAUAAAGGAUUUGAUGGCGCUUAUCCUAGCAAAACGGCGCGCUAAACAUUUUUAGGAAGCAAUAUAUUCGAAAUUUACAAUUCAUAAUUAGAAAAAAAAUUAAACAUCAUAUUUCUGCUAUUUAUGAUAACAUAUUUAUUAUGUUUACUUUACUUGUUAAAUGUCUUUUUAUAUUAUUGUUAUUGUUUCGUUAAUUUCAUGAUGAAAAUCUUACUAAAACUGUUGAUUGUGUACGUCUAUCUCCUAUAUAAUUUUAAUUUGUAAUGAAUACUAUUAUUUACUUACACAAUUUAAUAAGGAAAACUUUCGUAGUUUAAAUCUUACAAAAAAACGUAAAAGUGUUUUUUACGGAGACUAUUCGUAAAUCUUUGUUUAUUCCGGCCCGUAACUCUGUGUCGUUAAAUGUGGUAAUAAUUGUUCAAGGCCAUUUGCUUAGGGAGACGCCUUAAUAUGUUGAUAAGAAUCAGUGAUUAGAUUUACUUUAAUAAGAUUAAAGGUGAAUAUGAGGCUC